AUGGCUGAAAAACCCUUUGCUAUCUCCGUACCAGACUGCCAGCUCGAACUCUUGCAAAAGAAGCUCGAGCUUACCCGUUUGCCCGACGAGCUCGAGGGUGCAGGUUGGGAUUACGGGGCACCGCGAGCCGACAUCGAGCGGCUGCUCCGACGGUGGAAAAGCGGAUACGAUUGGCGCACCGAAGAAGCCGCCUUGAACAAAGAGCUACCCAUGUUCACACGCGACAUCUCCGUCGAAGGUCACGGCGCGCUUAACGUUCACUACGUUCAUCAGAAGAGCACCACCGCUGGAGCCAUCCCGCUACUCUUUGUGCACGGCUGGCCUGGAAGCUUCAUCGAAGUUCGCAAGAUCUUGCCUCUACUCGUUACGCCCAACAAUCCCGAUGCGCCAGCUUUCCAUGUUGUCGCCCUUGGGCUUCCUGGCUAUGGGUUCUCCGAAGCCCCGAAGAAGCCGGGUUUUGGCCCGAAGCAGAUGGCUGAAGUGGGCCACAAGCUAAUGCUUGCCCUGAGAUACGACGAGUAUGUUUGCCAGGGUGGAGACUGGGGAUGCCUGAUCACCAUGAUCAUCGCAAGCAUCUAUGGGCCUAAACACGCGAAGGCGUGGCACACAAACAUGCCAGACCUAGAGAUGAAGAGACCAGAUGACAUCUCCCAGUACAACGAGCGCGACCGCGCGGCAAUCAAUCGUCUUGAGGAUUUCUUGAAGACAGGAUCAGGGUACAUGGCCAUCCAAAGCACGAAGCCCCAGACGCUCGGAUAUAGUCUUUCCGACUCUCCGGUUGGACUGCUCGCUUGGAUAUACGAGAAGCUGGUAGCGUGGACCGAUGCAUAUUCAUGGAAUGAGGAUGAGGUUCUGACCUGGAUCUCCAUUUACUGGUUCUCUCGAGCUGGGCCUACGGCAUCUACGCGGCUCUACUAUGAGGCAAUGGCGGGUGGAUCCAGCAGUGAACCGGGGGCUCUCUUCAAUGUGUUCAAAGUCAAUGUACCCAUCGGCCUGUCCUUCUUCCCCCGAGAGAUCAGUACGCCACCCGAGUCGUACGUCCCUCCGCACGGUCAAGUUGUGCAGUCUGUACGACACGAACGCGGCGGACAUUUCGCCGCCUAUGAGGUGCCCGAUCUUCUCGUAGGAGACCUGCGAAAGAUGUUCGGGAAGGAGGGUAAAGCUUAUGGAGUCGUGAAGAAGAACGACGGGUAUUGA